AUGUCGCAUCGCCUUCCUUUCACUUUUCAGACACCAAAUCGUCAUCCCCUCCAAUUCAAUCCAUCUCCUCUGACCUUCUCCUACCUCCAGGAAGAGAUCGCACUCACUUCCACUCAACCGUCGCAGCUCAGAGAAACUCCGACGAUUCAACUCCCUCAUACUCCUCCUCUGCCUCGCCUCUGCGUCUUCAUGCUCACCAGUCACCAAUUCCCGCGGCUCCGGUUCUCCUCACUGGUACGGCUUCGACACUUUAAGAUUCGUGUUCGUUGCAACUUGCAAACGCGAUCGUGGUGGUAA